AUGGCAAUCAUCGCAGUAGCAGGCGGCACAGGUGGCGUGGGCCGAACGAUUGUCGAGGCUCUUAUUGCCCGAAAGAACCAGGAAGUCGUUAUUCUCUCACGCAGGAAUCAUGAGUCCCGGAACCGACUACGUUUCCUGCGGAUUGACUACGAAGAUAUAAAUUCCAUGGCCAAAAUCCUCGAAGAAGCGAAUAUCCACACAGUUAUAUGUGCGUUUGGCAUGUCAUCCGAGACGACUAGUGCUUCGCAACUGCAACUCAUUCAGGCGGCAGAAAAAUCGGCAGCUACCCGUCGGUUCGUCGUCAGCGGGUUUGACUUAGCAUACACGGAAGAACAUGUUCCAUUGAUCGCCCCAGCCAAAUGGGCUCUCGAUGCUGACCGAGCAGUCGAGCGGACAACCCUGGAGCACACCCGGGUCGUCAACGGUCUUUUCCUAGAUUACUAUGGUAUCCCUUACUGGAAAAGCUAUCUGCACCCAUGGGUUAAUGCGGUGAAUGUGAAGGAUAAAUGGGCAGCCAUCCCAGGGGACGGAUCUGCAAAAGUAAGCUUCAUCACUACACAAGACAUGGCUCGAUUUGUAGCUAGACUCAUGGACCUGGACUCGUGGUCUCCCGUCAGCUGUAUUAUCGGGAAUACAGCGACAUUCGAGGAUAUCCUUAAUCUUGCAGAGCAAGCACGCGGCGAACACUUCUCAGUGGCGUACGAUAGCAUCGAGGAUCUACGAAAUGGGAAGAUCUCAUUUCCAGAGUUUCAAGAGACCGGGCUGGAGGGCACUGGGAUGUCUACGCAAUCGAUUCUCGCUCGAUUUCACUACAUCUCUGGCACAGGAGGGUAUCUUGUGAAGACGGACGAUCCACUAGAUGCGAAAUUCUCAGAUAUCAAGAUCACCACGCCGUCCGAGUUGAUUGAGUCUUCUUGGAACCCCAGUUACCGUUUGAAGUAG